CCUAGUGUUGUCACGGCCUUGGAGCGCCCGUGGGUGUCGGUGGGUUGUGAGAAGUCUGAGCUGGGGAGGAGCACGUGAAGGCGGCGCGGCGGAGCGGAGAAAGGGGCAGAGGAGCAGACCGUGUGUUCAGCCGCUCGCUGUUUGGCGCCAACCGAGUAAAGCGAAAUAAAACAGUCCGAUCCUCGUUUAUUUAUUCCUCCCGGAACAUUCGAGCUCGGCCACCGCCGCCGCCACCGCUCGGUGUGUUAGCCUGCUAGCAUCGGCCGCACACCACCCCCCGUUGUCAUAUUAAUGUGACUGUGGCCCCCUCGUCUCUGUGGCCACGAUACUAAUAACUCGGCAGCGGCGGAGCGCGGGGACAAUAGAGGCGUGUUUCUCCUGGAGGAGCCGAGCAGACACAGCGCCAAAAAAAUGGGGAGGAAGUCCAACAGAGCAAAGGAGAAGAAGGCCCGGCGUCUGGAGGAGAGGGCGGCUAUGGACGCUGUCUGUGCAAAGGUGGAGACUGCCAAUAAGCUGGAUGAUCCACUGGCUGCCUUCCCAGCUUUCAAAAAAUACGACAGAAACGGGCUGAACCUGCAGAUAGAGUGUAAGCGAGUGACCACCCUCAACCCACUGUCUGUGGAGUGGGCCUUCGAACUCACCAGAGCCAACAUGCAGACACUGUACGAGCAGAGCGAGUGGGGGUGGAAGGAGAGGGAAAAGAGGGAGGAGAUGAACGACGAGAGGGCGUGGUACCUGCUGGCCCGUGACGGCGACUCCGCCCCUGUGGCCUUCUCUCACUUCCGAUUCGAUGUGGAGUGCGGGGAGGAGGUUUUAUAUUGCUAUGAGGUGCAGUUAGAGAGCAGAGUGCGGAGGAAAGGACUCGGCAAGUUCCUAAUCCAGAUACUACAGCUCAUUGCUAACAGUACACAGAUGAAGAAAGUGAUGUUGACAGUUUUCAAACACAACCAUGGGGCUUACCAGUUCUUCAGAGAUGCUUUACAGUUUGAGAUCGACGAAACUUCGCCGAGCAUGUCCGGUUGCUGUGGUGACGACUGCUCUUAUGAGAUCCUGAGCCGGCGGACCAAACACGGCGAGGCAUCGGCGGGACACACCCAUGGGGGGGGGCACUGCGGUGGCUGCUGCCACUGAUUCGACUCCAGUUACACCUUUUCUGAUUGGUUUAAAAAGCCAGCAACUUUUAAGGCUGUGUGUGAAAGCUUGAGCUGCCUGCUAUUCUGCAAACAUUUUGAGUUUGAAUGGUCAUCUCUACGGCCGUUUAAAAUGAACAGAUGGUGGAAUACCUGGCUACAGAUGUUGAUGUCACAUUGAGAUUCACAUGUCUCUUUGUUUCCCGCUACAAAGGCAGAAUGCAGUGUGAGCUUUCACACAUAGCUCCUGUUUGUCGUUUUCUACUUCUUGGUUCAAUGUCCAAUUCAUCUUUUCUCUCCCACUUAAUGAUUAUCAGUAGUUCCCAAUCAAGAAAAAAAAAAAAGCAGUUUGCCGACUUUAUUUCACAAGCCACAGUUAACCUCAUGCCAUCUUGCUCUCAUCUCCUAUUUUCAGACAUGACCUGCGGGUAAAAUUCAGAGAAUUGGCUACGGUGUUUACCCACAGUUUGCCUUUCACACAUGUACAACACAGUGGGAGGUUCUCUGCACAUUCCCAACAGCAACAAAUCCUCCACAUUAUUCAGGCGAGAAUAAGAGCAGCCGGGUGCUGCAGACAGAGGCAGGAAGUGAUGUAUUAACUCUGCUAUGGAAAUUACAUGGUUUCACAUAACACACACACACACACACCCCAACCAGUGUCGACUCUUAUCACCACAAACUCUCUUGAACUACUCGUGUAUUCUACGUAUAUGACACCACGUUUUCACCAGGAUGUAUUGGUUUUCUUUGUCUUUUUCGCGGGUGUCGUGAGUGAGAAGCAUCAUCAAGCCCUUGAAAACAGUCUCAGAAGUCUCCGUUGUAUUCUAACACGAAUAAUAUGCUAAUAUGGUUUGUUACAUUUUAUUUUAGCAAAAGCAUAUUUGCCCACAAUGCUACUAUCACAUGGUUACACUACCCAAUUAGCACGAACCACCUUCUCUCUUUGGGUGAUAACUAAAUGUAUAGACAUCUCCCCUGCUUUUAUUUUUUUAUAACUUAUGAGACAAGAUGUUCAAGGUUGCCUUUUUUUGACACCACUUCUUUCUCCCAAUGACUGAGGAAAAAAAACCUUUCAUUUUUCAUUUGUUGUGGUGAAUUUGCAUCCAACCCACAAAGUAAAUAAUGCUUUAAGCUCUCAUAUUUCAUAAUCAAGGACAUGGGUUGAAAAAUUUACUUUUUUACCCUUUAUCCCCCACCAUCUUUUCCUGGGAGAUUCACUUCCUGUUGCCACAUUUUCAGUUCUGUUAAAAAUAAUCCCAUGCUUCUCUACCACCUCCUCUUCAUUGUGCCUCUCUGUCCUCCCUCCCGUGUCCUAAAGGUGCUAAUGGAUGACGGCAGACGUGUUAAGCUUGCUCUCAUCUUGAGUCACCUUUGUACAGUUGCAUUUCUCCUGUUUGCCGCUUAGUUCGCUUUGUUUCCAAGAGGUACUGAUGAUAAACAAGUUGAUGCUGAUGCUACUUUUAGCUGUAUUUAAAAAAAACUACUAAAACCAUCUUCCAUCCCUUCUUAUAUAUUUUGUUAGCAUGAGCGAAUCAUAUUGCUUUAACAUGGAUGAGAAUCGAUAGUCACCACUUCAUUUCAUGGAAGGGGAUGGAUGCUGUUUUCCUUGGAUUAAGGAGCACAGAAGGCUGGAUGAGUAGACGGAUGAUAGAAGUAAUCGCAGAGCACUGAAGCUGUUCUUAUGGUCAUUAUUCUUCUCUUUACCUCAAUCGUGACGUGUUUUCCCAGCCCACUGUCAUUAGCUUGCAUGACAAGAUUUUAAAGAAGUUAAACAGAACUGAUAGUUAAUGUGGAUUCCACAACAGUGAUGCUGCCUCUGAAGGGUAGCUGCACUGUUUAAACCUGCACCUAAAGUCCUCAUCUGGUUCUUUUUAGCAUUACUGUAAUGUCUCAUACAAAUCUGUGCAUGUUAGACGUAUGUGAAAGGGCUGAUUGAGUGAAAUUGAAAGGUAAUGCUGGGGUAUGAGCAUCUUAGCAUUGAGUGGAGUUUUACUGUACAGCUGCUGAGAUGUGCGGUGUAGGAGUUCCACUGAGGAUUUUGGAUUCACUAGUCAACCCAGAAAGGCUGCUGUAACCACUUCAACCUUGUCGAUUCCAUAUCUGUUUACAGAACCUUCAGGGUAUUUUUGGACAGUUUCAAGCGCCUGUCAGCUGGGUUAAAGGCCUCCAUUAAAAAAAAAAUAAGUAAAACCCUUUAAUUUCAGAACUGUAUUCAGUUUGCGAGGACUUUACGUGUGGGCUGGAAGAGUGAAAAGAUGUUUCUUUACACUACAGAGGAUGGGAAUAUUCAUCCGUCUGAUGUGGCUGAGAGAGCCUUAACUAGAUACGGUUUGAGAUGUUUUUAAAACUGGUCUAAUCAUUGACCACUUGAGAUUUCAUACAGAUUAUUGCCUGGUUAGUAUGUUGAGAAUGAAAUACUAAAAUACAUUACGCAACAACAAAAAACCCUUGUGAAGUACGAAGUCUGGAACCUGAGGUGAACGUUUGUGCUUGUUUCAAACCUGGUGGAGACAAUAAAAUAGUCAUAUAAAAAUAUUCUGCACCUGUAGACAACAUGUUGGUGUUUCAUGCUUGUUUGAACUCCGAUCAUGAACAAGAAAAAACAAUUAAACAAUAUAUUGCUUGUUUUUGUUCUAGACUGCCUUCUGAUAAGUACAGUAAUUCAUUUUUUUUGUACCGCAUAGGUUACAGUAAAAAAAGGAUGUUGUACAUAGUGGUAGUUUAUAACCGACUGACAGUCUCUCUCAGGUUAAUCAAACGUAAUCAAACCUCAUCUGUUUUACUUUAACAGCCAUGUUGUCAGUUUGGUGUUAGCUGGAUUGAAUUGGCCGCAGCUCGGACCUAGAGUCAAUUUAUGUGUACCUUGUUUAAAUUAAUUCUGAUUUUUAAAACCA